UCAGCAGGAAGUCGCUACGUGGCCUCCGCCUGUCCCUGCGGAGGAGGCGCAGCAGCCGGAGAUGGCGGCCGUGCUGAGCGCAGAGCGGCUGGAGGUGUCCGUGGACGGCCUCACGCUGAGCCCCGACCCGGAGGAGCGGCCCGGCGCGGAGGGCGCCCCGCUGCUGCCUCCUCCGCUGCCGCCGCCCGCGAAAAAGAUGGCAAAGCCUUUCAUCCAACUUACGAAGAAAAGUUGAAGCUUGUGGCACUGCAUAAGCAGAUUCUUAUGGGCCCAUAUAAUCCAGACACUUGUCCUGAGGUUGGAUUCUUUGAUGUGCUGGGGAAUGACAGAAGGAAGGAAUGGGCAGCCCUGGGAAGUACGUCUAAAGAGGAUGCCAUGGUGCAGUUUGUCAAGCUCUUAAAUAGAUGUUGCCAUCUCUUUUCAACGUAUGUUGCAUCCCACAAAAUAGAGAAGGAAGAGCAAGAGAAAAAAAGGAAGGAGGAGGAGGAGCGAAGGCGACGGGAAGAGGAAGAGAGAGAACGUCUGCUCAAGGAGGAAGAGAAACGCAGGCGAGAAGAGGAGGAAAGGCUGAGGCGGGAGGAAGAAGAGAGGAGGCGUGCAGAAGAGGAGAGGCUUCGCUUGGAGCAGCAAAAGCAGCAGAUAAUGGCAGCUUUAAACUCCCAGACUGCCGUGCAGUUCCAGCAGUAUGCAGCCCAGCAGUACCCAGGGAACUACGAGCAGCAGCAGAUUCUCAUCCGCCAGUUGCAGGAGCAGCACUAUCAGCAGUAUAUGCAGCAGUUGUACCAAGUCCAGCUUGCACAGCAACAGGCAGCGUUACAGAAACAACAGGACAUAGCAGUGGCUGGGGCUUCUUUGCCUACUUCAUCAAAAGUGAAUACAACCGUCCCAGGUGAUAAGAUGUCAGUUAAUGGACAGGCCAAAACCCACACUGACAACUCUGAAAAAGAACUUGAGCCAGAAGCUGCAGAAGAAGCCCUGGAGAAUGGACCAAAAGAAUCUCUUCCAGUAAUAGCAGCUCCAUCCAUGUGGACCCGUCCCCAGAUCAAAGACUUUAAAGAGAAGAUUCGGCAGGAUGCAGAUUCUGUGAUUACAGUGGGCCGAGGAGAAGUGGUCACUGUUCGAGUUCCUACCCAUGAAGAAGGAUCUUACCUCUUUUGGGAAUUUGCUACAGACAAUUAUGACAUUGGGUUUGGGGUAUACUUUGAAUGGACAGAUUCUCCGAACACUGCCGUCAGCGUGCAUGUCAGCGAGUCCAGUGAUGAUGACGAGGAGGAGGAAGAAAACAUCACUUGUGAAGAGAAAGCCAAAAAGAAUGCCAACAAACCUCUGCUGGAUGAGAUUGUGCCUGUGUAUCGACGGGACUGUCACGAGGAAGUGUAUGCCGGCAGCCACCAGUACCCAGGGAGAGGAGUCUACCUCCUCAAGUUUGAUAACUCCUACUCUUUGUGGAGGUCCAAAUCAGUCUACUACAGAGUCUAUUAUACUAGAUAAAGUUGUUGCCGCAUCUGGAAUCUAGGGUUGGGCAGAAGGUGGUGUUUAGUUUCUUUUGACUUUUGUGGAGCGUUGGAGUCAAUGUUUACCUGAAAGAUUUUGGUCUGAUGCUUGGUGAACUCUUGUUGGGAAUCAGGAUUUCCUUGAAACUCUUUAGCAUUAAUACUUCGGGGUUAAGAAGGAUUUCUCAGACUCAUCUAGCCUUGGGGUGCUGACCAACAGAAGCACUAGGGGAUGCUAAAGUUCUAUGAGCUGUGUGUUAAAUAGUCAAAGUCUCCAAAACAAAACCUGCUGUUGCUCCACCUGGCCAAUGGGGAGGCCAUUACUCCCUGCUCUGUGUGCUUUAUUGGAACCUGUAGUUCCAGUGCCCUCUGAUUUGAAGUGCUUAUGUGAAUAGUCUGCUUCAGAGGCAGCUGGCUUUGAAGGUCACUAUUACUACAAUUUAAAAACUGAAGACCUCACAGAGUAUAGUAGAAAAAUUGCUUCAAUUUGAUCUUGCUCUGAAUGAUGCAUAUUAUUUUUAUUUUGGGUGUACCUGUUUAUGUUUAGUUCAGAGUUAUAUUACAGAGAAUUAUUUUCUGAAAUAAACUUACAAUAUUCAGGCCCAGUAGUUAGCUGCAGUGUCGGAAUACAGAAAACCCCACAGACAUCCUUCUUUACAGCGCUCAGGCCUUUUCUCCUUACCUAGGAUUCAUGCCACCAAUAGCAAGACAAAACCAGCUAAUUUGUGUUUUGAUCUGGCUUUAUAGAGCAUCUCAAAUUGAAACUUUUCUGCACAAAGUUCAGGAUUUUGUAAACUCAAACUGACACCUACUGAGUUAAAAUAUAUGAAAUUAUUUAAAGAUAAUUCAGUGUUUGGGAAAUAAUAUUACACUAAUACGGAAAUCACUGCCAGAGACAGUCCGUUUUCUUUUCAUUUGUUAACUAAGGCAUAAACCCUACAUAAUUCCAGUUGGAGUUAUUAGAGAGAAUUGGAAACGCUUAUACUCAUGCUUACAUUUUAUAGCUUUAAUCUGUAUUAUGUCUUUAGUCAUGGGAAGAGUUACAUCUUUUUCUUACCGAAAACAAAUAUGGAUUAAUUGCUUCAAAUUUGUGUAAGUGAUAAGUCUAGAGAUUCUUUUCAGAAGGGACGGUGGUAUAGAUAGAAAAUGACAACACUUAGUGUCAUUGUUAUAUGUUGUACUGAAAGACUUAGAUUUUUAAAAUUUGAAAUCAUAAAAUAUUUCUUACAGGAGGGUUUCCAUGAUUGCAGUAUAGUUCACUACAUACUGUUUUGAGUUUUUUGUGUGCUGAAUUUCUUUCUGUUUUUUUUAAUACCUGGUUUUGUAUGUAUCUAACUUUGUUCUCUUUUGGUUGUUCAGAAAACUGUAUUAUUUUUCUCUUAAGCAGUGCUUAAUAUGUGUUUUAAAAUUUUGAUUGCGAAGCAGUCUCUCUGUCCACACUGUUACAUCCAGAACACUGUUAGCCUGUCCCACAGCACUCACUUACAUGUGGUAUAGAAGCGUCAGAGUUGAGCACCUUCCUGGCUUUUUUUUUUUUAAGGAGAAAAAUACUGUAUUUAAGAUGUAAAAUAAACUUUUAAAAAGCAGGCACUAACAUAUAUUUCUUCCACCCUUUGAUUACAGAUUUGUCCUUGCACAUUUAAGGUGAAUUACCUUCAAAAAAAUAUUGUUCUUGGGAGCAGUGUGUUACUUUACAUAGCAGUUUCUGUCACAUGUUAAUAUCAGAACAUUCUUGGUUUUAAACUUUUUUUAUUGCCUUUGGCUGUUGAUUAAUACAGUACAAAUGCAGUUUCAAAAAAAAUCUUGAAAGUAAUAUAUUUAACCAAUUAAAAUGUUUAUCUGUAAGUUGUUGAUGUUUCAUUAAUGUAGUUACUUUCUGAGGCCCUACUACAGUAUAGUAUUGUUUGGAUAGGAUAAAAAGAAUUGUUUUAAGUGAUCUUUUCUGUUUAUAUAGUUGAAAACAAACAAUUUCUGGCUAUUA